GUGUCCUCUUUUUUUUUGAACUCCAAGCCACGAGAAAUCCUCCUCCUCAGGACUUUUUUUUUUUUCCUUCUCAUAUUCUGGGUUUUUUUUUAUCGUAAAAGAGGGGCAAUCCGAAGAGGUUUAGGAAAUUAGCGGAAGAAAUAGAGGAGCAAUGCUAUUAUUAGCCGAAUUCCUAAAGACAAGGCCCCUGGCCCUGAUUCCGAGGGGACUCUUUUUCUAUCUUUCUGGGUUUUUUGGGGGCGUUGUUCUUUGAUUAUAGCUUGAAGAUAUAUAACAAUCUCAAGAUCUAAGUUUAGAAGGCUGAAUCGGAGACAAGGAAACUCUUCAUGGGACAGGAGGCGCCAGGUAAUCUUUUAGAUAUUCCAGAUGGACUUUUGUCUGUUGGCUAUGAUUCAGAAUCCAAAGGCCAUCAGACAGCUACUCUUGUCAACGACAAGAUAUAUGUGGUUGAAGGAUCAAGGGAUGCAGCGAAAUUGUGGAUUGAUGUCAAAAUUUUUGACAAGUCAACAGGAAAAUGGUUAAUUCCUACUGUAUUGGGUACAAAACCGAGGCCAUCAAAUGGCCACUCAGCUGUUCCUGUAAACGAUGAUCGGAUUUUAAUUCUUAAGGCGGAUUGUUCUGCAGAUGACUGUUUCUGGUUUCUUGAGGUGGGCAGCCCAUAUGUAAAAGAACAAAGUAAGUUACUUGGUGCCGAGGUGGUUGCUUGGAGCAAGGGGGUUGUAGGUGAAGGCCCCAAGCCUGUAGUCAUUAGUGGUCCCUCUGGAGUAGGUAAAGGCACACUAAUUUCGAAGCUAAUGAAAGAAUUCCCAACAACCUUUGGAUUUUCUGUGAGUCACACAACCCGAGCUCCAAGAGAAAAGGAGAUUGAUGGAGUUCACUACCACUUCACUGAACGAAGCACCAUGGAGAAAGAGAUAAGAGACGGGAAAUUCCUUGAAUCAGCAUUAGUUCAUGGAAAUCUUUAUGGAACAAGUAUUGAAGCAGUUGAAGCAGUCGCAGAAGCUGGAAAGAGAUGCAUCCUCGAUAUUGAUGUUCAAGGUGCUAGAUCUGUGAGGUCUAGUUCCCUUGAAGCAUUAUUUAUCUUUAUCCGCCCACCUUCAUUUGAGGAACUUGAGAAGCGCCUUCGUUCAAGGCGAACGGAGACCGAGGAACAGGUCCAAAAGAGACUUAGAAAUGCACGAGCAGAACUUGAGGAAGGAAAAUCUCUGGGUCUAUUUGAUCAUAUCUUGGUGAAUGAUGACCUGGAAACAUGUUAUGAGAAUCUUAAGAAAUUACUCAUGUUAGAUGAUGGCACUAAUGCUAAUUAUCAGCCGACUGUGAGAAGUUUCGAAAUUCCCGUGAGUCACUCGGUGUCCAUCAAAGACCAAAAAAUUCUGAUGCGCUGUGGAACUUCUGAACUAGGAAAAGCAAUCACUAGCUUAUUUUUGCUUGAUGUAUCCUCACUUAAAGGAGGCUCUCCUGGCCAGACGAGAGGACUCGGUGUAUAUGCCAUCAGCUCAUAUGCAGAAUGAUGAGAUGAGAUCAAGCUACCUCGAAGUCUUUUGCAUUGAGCCCCUCACUGAAACUGAGUUUUGGAUUGACUUUAGGUCACGUAUAGUGGUUUUGAAAUCAAUUGGCUGUCUAGUUCAAACUUAAUGCAUAAAUGGGCACCUGGUUACUACUGUAGUAGUGUCACGACAAUGAAAAUUUUUGAGAGCUUAGUGAUAGAUGUUUCUUUGGACAUUCUUUAUUCUGUUGCUGAGAACCAAAUAAAUCUUGUCUUAUUAUUUAGAUAUUCUCCUGAGCAAUUUCUAGUGAACUUCUGUAAUUGUCAUGCCGAUGAUAGAAUGAUGUCUAGUUAGCUCAACUUAAUGCAUCAUUGCGCACCUGUCUGACCAA